CAAACCCAAACUGCUAUUGAAAGCAAAGAAAAUGCUCAAGCAGAAAUUUUGGCUUUAUGAAAAGAAAAAAAGUCUUCUCAAGAACGACAAACUCAUGGUCGAGCAGGAGAUUCAAAAAUUGAACAUGGACAACAACAUCUUCAGAACAACAACAACCGACUCCAACAACAUCAUCAUUAAGUAUGCAGACGACACAACUGUCCUUGGCCUCAUCAGAGGAGGGAACGAGUCUGCAUAUAGAGACCUUGUGCACAGGAUCACCAUCUACGGAGAGGACGACGACCCUGACAUGAGAGAUGCCAAAGAAAAAUUCCGAUGUACCGCAUGUGCAAACGGCAAUAAAACCUUGAAUAAAACCUUGAGAACGGUGUCCAGAUGCACACCAUGGAUGUUGAGAGACGCUUUGGAGCUAAAAAUCCAGGAGGAAAAAGAGGCCAUCCAACAAACACAACAGGAAGUCUGCGCUCUGCAACAGGACCUUCAGGUAAAGCAGGAUGUUACUCAGCACAAAGAAGAACUGAAAGAUGAACCUUCUAAACUGUAGCAGCAGAUAAAAAAUUUUCAGAACUCAAGUUUCAAGCUGAGGUGUGAAUUACAGAAGCUUCAAAAUACUGGUGGCGACUGCAAAUUACUGAAGCACGAACUUGAGGUGGAAAAGACGAUUCUUUACGUCAAAAGGCAGAAAUUGAAAACUUUCAAAAGAGAAUAUGAAGAUGUUACCACAGAUGUGGAGAAGGAGAAACGAGACAUUGACACACUCAGGACUGAAAACCAGGCUCUGCUGGGAGAAAUCCAAGCUUUAGAAAGAGUUGUGAAAAGGAAGGCCGAGGCAGAAGCAGAGCUGGGUGGUUUGAGGAACGAAAGCUCCCGUCUUAAAAACAGCGUACAAAGACUGAAAGUAGAGAUUCAAAUGAAAAAGGCUGAGCUUCAGCGUCAUUCUAACCUCAUUUGGGAAGGAACUGUCAGCUCGUCGGAUCCACAAGCUCUGUUAGGGGCAGUUCGAGAAGAACAGCGUGUUGUCGAGCUUUUAAAAAGGGAAGCCACAUACCUGAAGACUCAACUGCAUGAAUUGGAACUAUCUUCAACAUUCCAAGGAGGUUUGAGAGGAGAACUGAGGGGCCUGUUGGCUCAGAAAAAGUCAGCAGAGGAAAAUAAUUCCAGGCUGAAAAAGAAAAUCCGACAACUCCAAGAGGAACACAAAGAGGUGAUCGAAAUACGAGGAGAAGUUGGGGCACAAAGCAAGGCUCUGGAUGCUUUGAAUGCAGAAGAAAAGGAGUUGGAGGAAGCUUAUAACAGCAUCAAGGCUGAUAUCGUGGCUCUUGGAUACGGCAAAGGUCAACUAGAACUUGAAAAAGAGGUCCUGUCGGGGCAAAUCCAGGAGAAAAAGAAGGUUUUGCAAAAGAAGGGCGAGGUAGAAGCUGAGCUGUGUGCUCUAAAGGAAGUUAGCAGUUCUCUCAAAGACGGCAUAGAACUGAUCAAACAGGAGAUUGAAAGAGAAAAGGCUGAAUUUGAGCGGAUCAGUGAGUCUAAGGAGCUUCCUGACACACUGAUCUCAACUUUGACGAAGAAAGUUUGGGAAGAAAAGUUUGCCGUUGAAAAUUUAGAACAGGAAGCUGACGUUCUCAAGCGCAAGCUCCAAGACCUGAAAGUUUCUGUUCAGCAAAAACAAGGCGUAGAAAAUGAGCUGCGUCAGGUUUCUGCACAGAAACGGUCGGCGCAAGACAAUAUUUCAGAGAUGGAGCGUGAAAUCACCAAUCUUCAGAGCACGCUCCAUCAAUACGAUAAGAUCAAUGCUGAAGUUCUGUCAGAAAGCAAGACUCUACAUGCUUUGCAUCAGCGACAAAGGGAGUUGGAAAAAGAACAGGAGAGCAUCCAGGCUGAGAUCUCAGCUCUUCAAGUCAACAACAGCAAACUGGCUGCUGAAAAUCAGACCCUGUCAGAGAAACUCCAACAACAACAACAACUUGGGAAAAAGAAGACAGAGGCAGAGGAAGAGCUGCGUGCUCUGGGGAGAGUUACCGCUAGUCUCAAAGACAGCAUAGGAACCUUGAAGCAGCAGAUUAAAAGUGAGACGGCUAAGUUUGGAGGCGUCUUCCAAGACGGUGCGCAUGAAGCCAUGCCUGACCCAUCAGACGUCUUCAAGGAUUUCUCCAGGAGAAUUGCCGACCAGAAGAUUGUCGUUGAGAAUUUAAAACUGGAAGCCGACAAUCUCAACAGCAAAUCCCAAGAAAUGCAAGAACUUAACAAGCAAAUACCAUUAUUGGAGAAACAGCUUUUGGACCUUGAUCGACGAAAACAGUUAUUGCAGGAAAAUGUUUCCACGACGGCGCGAAAAAUCUCAAAAUUUCAGGAGAAAAAAAAGAGCUACAUCAGCAUGAAUGAAGAAGUUGUGGCAAAGAACAAUGAACUUAAGAAACUGUACAGAGAACAAAAGAGGGUGGAAAAAGAAUAUGAGGCAGCAAAGACUGAAAUUAAUGCUGUUCGAGCCAGCACUAGCAAACUGAGGGAGGACAAUUACAUUCUAACCAAAAAACGUGAGUCCUCACAAAAACGUGUGCAGAAAAUGAAAAAAAAACAGCCAAACCAGGGGGCUUCAAAUGUAAAAGAGCCGGUUUUGAAGGAAAGUGUUUCACCAAUUAAACAUUUGAAAGAAAACCCUCCACCGAAAAACCCCAAAUUGAAAAGUCCUGAUCCUGUCUUAGAAAGCUCAUCUGAUGACGAUUUAACCCUCGAUGACAUUUCAGAGCUUCCUUUUGACACUCCUUCCCUCAGUGACUUCUGAAUUCAGCAAA